GGACUCUGAGGGAGGUGGAGGCGGGUAUAAAUCUGAGCUGCUGCAGCUUCACAGACGCUCACAGGAAGAAACACACAGACAGUCAGGAUGGAGGUGAAGCUGCUGUUUCUGACUGUUGUUCUGCUCUCCUCACCGCUCCUCACACUAUGUGACCCGCUGUUUGUUCUGUCGGCUCCUAAUCUGCUGAGGGUGGGUUCCUCAGAGAACGUGUUUGUGGAGGCUCAGGAUUACUCUGGAGGAGACCUGAAGGUGGAGAUCAUAGUAAAGAACCACCCAAAAAAAGACACAGAGUUACUGUCUAAAUCAGUGAAUCUGACUGCAGACAAAAAUUUCCAGAUCCUUACAGAUAUAAAGAUUCCAAGUGAUAGGGACUAUUCCUCUGACGAUCCUCUGGAGAAGCAUUAUGUGUAUCUACAAGCUCAGUUUCCAUCCGUCACUCUGGAGAAAGUGGUCCUGCUCUCAUUCCAGUCUGGAUAUAUAUUUGUACAAACAGACAAACCCAUCUACACACCAGCUAGCACAGUUCAGUACAGGAUUUUCUCUCUGAUGCCCAACAUGAAACCACUCGAUGGGUCUGCAAUCACAGUGGAAAUCAUGAAUCCUCAAGGCAUCACAGUUUCAUCAGAGAAGAUAUUUCCAGUCAAAGGGAUGAAGUCUGGAAAAUACAUCAUUCCUGAGAUGGCCAGCUCUGGGAUCUGGAAGGUGGUCACACUGUUCUCAGACACUCCACAGAAGAACUUUACUGCAGACUUUGAGGUCAAAGAAUAUGUGCUUCCAACAUUUGAAGUGAAAUUAAAGCCCAGUAAGUCAUUCUUCUAUGUGCGUGAUGAGAGUCUGACAGUCGACAUUGAAGCAAAGUACCUGUUUGGACAGAAGGUGGAUGGAAAUGCGUUUGUAGUAUUUGGUGUGAUGGAAGAUGAGAAGAAAACAAGUAUUCCUGCAUCUCUGCAAAAAGUUGAGAUCAUGAAAGGAGAGGGUACUGCAGAACUGACCAAUCAGAUGAUCACUAAGACCUUUCCAAACAUUAACCAGCUGGUUGGACGAUCAAUCUAUGUUUCAGUCAAUCUGUUAACAGAAAGUGGCAGUGAAAUGGUGGAAGCAGAAAGGAGAGGCAUUCAGAUUGUGACGUCACCGUACACCAUCCACUUCAAAAAAACACCACACUUCUUCAAACCUGGAAUGCCCUUCAGUGUCUCGGUUUACAUAACAAAUCCUGACCAAACACCUGCUGAAAAUGUGGAAGUGGAGGUCAAUCCUGAAGAGGUCAGAGGUCGAACAAGAGCCAAUGGCAUUGCGAAGGUUACUGUCAACACUCCGGGAGGAUCUCCAACACUGGAGAUCACUGCAAAGACCAAAGAUCCACAAUUAAAAGAUGAACAGCAGGCAGUGAGGAAGAUGACAGCUCAGGCCUACGAGACCAAAGGCGGCUCUAAAAACUACCUGCACAUCGGCAUUGAUGCUGCAGAGCUUCAGAUCGGUGAUUCAAUGACAGUCUAUCUGAACACUGGACAAAGUCCAGGAUUCAAAGAUCAAGACUACACAUACAUGAUCUUAAGUAAAGGUCAGAUUGUAAAAGUAGAGAGGUUUAAGAGGAAAGAACAGUCUCUAGUGGCUCUGUCUCUGCCUGUAACCAAAGACAUGAUGCCAUCUUUCCGCUUUGUGGCUUAUUACUAUGUGGACUCAUCUGAGGUAGUGUCUGAUUCAGUCUGGGUCGAUGUGAAGGACACGUGCAUGGGAACACUCCAGAUUAAGGUGAAGGAAAAGAAGAAUUCCUAUGGCACAGGAGAUCAGGUCAAGCUGCAGAUAACUGGAGAUCCUGGAGCUAAAGUUGGUCUGGUGGUGGUUGACAAGGCUUUGCAAGUCCUUAACAAGAACAGACUCACUCAGACUCAGAUCUGGGAAGUCAUAGAGAAGCAUGACAUCGGCUGUACAGCAGGAGGUGGGAGGGACAGUAUGGGGGUUUUCACUGAUGCAGGUCUGAUGUUUGAGUCCAACACUGCAGGAGGAACCAACUCCAGAACAGUGCCUGAAUGUCCUGUCCCUGCAAAGAGAAAACGAAGAUCUGAGAGUCUCCUGCAGAUCACUAGUACUCUGGCUGGUCAAUACUCUGGUGAACUGAAGCAGUGCUGUUUUGAUGGGAUGAGGAAUAAUAAACUUGGCUACACCUGUGAACGAAGAGCCACGUACAUCGUCGAUGGGGCAGAGUGUGUCAAGGCCUUCCUGGACUGCUGCAACAAAAUGAAAACCAGCAAGAACUUGAAGACCGAAGAGGAGGAGCUGAUUCUGGCUCGGAGUGAAGAUGAUGAUGAAAUGUAUUAUACAGACUCUGAAGAGAUCAUGUCACGUACACAUUUCCCUGAGAGUUGGCUUUGGGAUGAGAUUGAGCUAUGUGACAAAUGUACAAACAUAGAAAAAGCAAUCUACCUGAAAGACUCUAUCACUACCUGGCAGAUCUUGGCUGUCAGUCUGUCACCAACAUUUGGCAUCUGUGUGGCAGAACCUGAUGAGAUGGUCGUUUUCAAGAGCUUUUUCAUUGACCUAAAGAUACCUUACUCAGCUGUGCGGGGCGAACAACUGGAAAUCAAAGCCAUUAUUCACAACUACACCCCAAUGAAUCUGAAGAAGGUGCGUGUGGAGUUCAUGGAGACAGAAGAUAUUUGCAGCUCUGCCAGUAAGAAAGGCAAAUACAGAACAAUAGUAUCUGUUGUCAAAGACUCCAGCAUAGCGGUUUCAUAUGUGAUUAUUCCCAUGACACUGGGAAAUCACAUGAUCGAGGUGAAAGCAGCAGCAUUUGAUUACUCAGAUGGAAUGAUAAAGCCGCUGAAGGUGGUGUCUGAGGGUGUGCUGAUUCCAUUACACAGAGGAAAUGUGGAGCUCAAUCCUGUUAAGAAUGGGGAAAAACCUAUGCUUCUUAAAGCUGACAUACCAGCUGAUCGUCUUCCAGACACACCCGCUGACACGUAUAUCUCAAUUACUGCUGAAGAGAUCGCUCAGACAGUCGAGCAGGCCAUCAGUGGAAGCUUCAUGGGUCGCCUUAUUUUCCAGCCCACUGGAUGUGGAGAGCAGAACAUGUACCGCAUGACUCUACCUCUCAUUGCCGCUCAUUAUCUGGACAGCACCAAUCAGUGGGACACUGUUGGCUUCGAGCGCCGUGAUGAAGCCAUCAACCAUAUCAGAACAGGUUAUCAAGGGCAGCUGAGCUACCGCAAAACAGAUGGAUCUUACGCUAUUUACUUAGAAACGCCAAGCAGUACAUGGUUGACAGCAUAUGUGGCUAAAGUCUUCGCCAUGGCCAAUAACCUUGUUCCUAUAGAGGAACAUGUGAUCUGCAGCGCCCUCAAGUGGCUGGUUCUCAACAAACAACUGCCAGACGGCUCCUUUAAAGAGGAAUCAGCUGUACUUUCAAGAGGGAUGGUGGGUGGCGUACAGGGCAAUGAUGCCGAUGCCUCUCUGACGGCUUUCGUUGUAAUUGCCAUGCAAGAGGGCAAAGAGAUCUGUGGUAAAUCAGUUGGAAGUCUGCAUGAAAGUAUAAGGAAGGCUGUUGUCUUCUUGGAAGGUCGACUUCCACAACUGACCAAUCCUUACGCUGUUGCCAUGACCUCCUACGCCAUGGCCAAUGCUGACAAACUCAAUAAAGACAUCUUGAUGAAACACUCUACCCAACGAGAAGCCGGUAGGUCCUGGACUGUCCCUGAACAGCAUCAUCACUCACUAGAGGCGACGGCUUAUGCUGUGCUGGCGCUUGUGAAGGCAAAAGACUUUGAUAAAGCAGGAGAAGCAGUGCACUGGCUGUCCAGACAACAGACUCACUAUGGUGCUUAUGGCACCACACAGGCGACCAUCAUGGUGUUCCAGGCUGUGGCAGAGUAUCGCACGCAGGUGAAGGACCGACAAACCUUCAAUCUGGACGUGGAGCUGUCUGUGGAAGGAAGACGCAGACCUGACAAAUAUACUAUCAAAAGAGAUAAUGCACAUCUUACACGAUCCGACAGGGUGGACAUAAACAAGGAGUUCAAUGUAACUGCUAGAGGAACUGGAACAGCCACUCUCUCAGUUCUGACGCUGUACUACGCCAGACCUGUUGAGAAGAAAUCUCACUGUACUUUCUUUGAUCUGACUGUUAAAAUGGAGAAAGACAAUGAAGCAAAACAAGGAGCCAUUGCAAGUUACAUCUUCACUAUGGAUUUCUUCUACAAAAAUGAUAAAACCGAUGCCACCAUGACUAUUCUGGACAUUGGUUUACCAACUGGAUUUGAAGUUGAAGAAACUGAUCUUAAACAGUUGUCUUCAGGGAAGGAGAGAUACAUUCAGAAAUAUGAAAAGAAUAAAGUUCUUUCAGAGCGAGGAUCCCUCAUUCUCUACUUAAAUAAGGUUUCUCACAGAGAGACAGAAAGACUUGCCUUCAGCAUGCACCAGAUGCAUAAUGCAAGUCAGCUACAACCUGCUGCAGUCACAAUAUAUGAAUAUUACUCACCAGAUGCACGCUGUACAAAGUUCUACCACCCUGAAAGGACAGAUGGUGUGAUAUACAGACUCUGUAAAGGAGACCUGUGCCUGUGUGCAGAAGAAAACUGCACUUUCCAGAAGAAAAACAAAACCAGAGAAGAGGAGCGUUUAAAUAAAGCCUGUGAAGGAGGCAUGGAUUAUGUUUAUAAAGCCACAGUGGUGGGGAUGGAUCUGAAACAGGACUCUGACAUCUAUGACAUGAAAGUGGAGCAGGUGCUGAAAGAAGGCACCGAUGAUAAUGUUCUGAACAAAGUGAGACAAUUUUUGGCUCGUCCAAGUUGCAGAGAAUAUUUAGGAUUGGUGAAAGGCAAGUCAUACCUCAUCAUGGGGAGAUCUGUUGACCUGCCAAAGCUCGGGGGAAGUCUGCAGUAUGUUUUUGGAGAGCAGACCUGGGUUGAAUACUGGCCUACAAGAGAGGAAAGCCAAACUCGAGAACACAGGGAGCGAUACAUCGGCAUCUCUGAGCUCCAUAACAGCCUCAUCAAUUAUGGAUGUUCUACAUAAUUAUAUAACAUCUAUUUGUUAAUUACAGAAUGCUCUCAUUAAAUCUUACAUAAUAUUGUUUUGAGCCAAAUUACUUUGUUGUAAUUUUGUAAAAAAAAAAAAAGGGUGACUAAAUGAAACUUGAAAAUGUUCGUUUUAGACGCAUGAUUAAUUAAUUAUGGUGUAAUAAACAGUGCCUUGCAAGAA